CCAGAGGCAGUCCUUGGGCUAGAGCUCCGCCCAGGGGCGUGGCCACGCGCUGCCUGGGGUGGAGUGGGGCGGGUCCUGCGGGACCGCUGGAACCGCACCCAGACAGUGCUGCGCAGCUCCAGUUUGCACCAGGCGCGUGAAGGUGAAGCAGAGCCAAGAUGACUGUCCUCUCUAAGGAAUAUGGAUUCGUGCUCCUCACUGGCGCUGCCAGCUUCGUGAUGGUGCUCCACCUAGCCAUCAACGUGGGCAAAGCCCGCAAGAAGUACAAGGUGGAGUACCCGGCCAUGUACAGCACAGAUCCUGACAACGGGCAUAUCUUCAACUGCAUCCAGCGAGCCCACCAGAACACGUUGGAAGUGUAUCCUCCCUUCCUAUUUUUUCUAACCGUGGGAGGUGUGUACCACCCGCGCAUAGCUUCUGGCCUGGGCCUAGCCUGGAUUGUUGGGCGAGUUCUUUAUGCAUAUGGCUACUACACAGGAGACCCCAGCAAGCGGUCUCGAGGAGCUGUGGGGUCUCUUGCCCUUCUUGCCUUAAUGGGCACAACCGUGUGCUCUGCUUUCCAGCAUCUUGGCUGGGUUCAACCUGGCUUGGGCAGAGGGUCCAAGGCCUGCCACUGAGGAAUGGUAGACCUUUCAACUCUCGUUCACUUUGAACGACUUACCUUUAUUUCCAGUUCCACUGGUUUGUUCUUUUUUUUUUAAAUAUAAUAAAAAACUUAUCUGGCAUCAGCCUCAUACCUAAA